GUUCUUGUGAAAAGUAGCAAAGUCCACAAAAGCAAUUUAGAUAAAGAUGGAAGGGAAUUAUAGAGUUUUACAUAUUUUCGUAGUGUGCGCCACGUCAAUAGUAUCUCACAGAUCGUCAACAGUGCAGAUUGAAUGCAUGUGUCGAUAAAGUAAGAUACAAAGAAGUAAGUUGACUGAUAGGCGUCAAUAAGUCAUGAAAAAUGUGUCACAUAAUACAUAAACAUGCAGUUACGCAUGUAGGCGGUAGUGUUUAGUCGACGCAUAUAUAGACUGGCGUAGUAAACGAAGGUGCCUUUGAACUUGACAGCAUUCCAUUUCACGAGAAAGCAGUCAUACGUACGGCACGGAGAAUACUGAGCUGACAAAUCGGAAUCAUGCAAGCAGUAUUUACUAAGAAUGGAUCUGAGACCCCGGAGCCCGUAAAAGCGAAAGUAUCUGGAGCAAUCCCAGACUGGUUACAGGGGACACUUGUGCGCAAUGGUCCUGGCUUGUUCAAUAUUGGGGAUACUGCUUACAAUCACUGGUUUGAUGGCAUGGCUCUCCUCCAUAAUUUCACCUUUAAAGAUGGUGAUGUGUACUACCGGAGUAAAUUCCUUCAGAGUGAGACUUUUAAAAGGAACACAGGUGCCAACAGGAUUGUUGUGUCAGAAUUUGGGACUAUGGUCUAUCCUGAUCCCUGCAAAAACAUAUUUUCAAAGGCUUUCACCUACUUCAGCAAUGCCAUCCCUGAUUUCACGGACAACAACCUUGUGAACAUAAUAAGAUAUGGCGAGGACUACUAUGCUGCAUCUGAAGUUAACUACAUUAACAAGAUUGACCCGCACACUCUGGAAACAGUGGGCCGGACAAAUUACAGGAACCACAUUGCGCUAAACUUGGCCACUGCACACCCUCACUACGAUGAAGAGGGAAACACCUACAACAUGGGCACAGCGAUCAUCGGUUUUGGCCGACCCAAGUACAUGAUAUUCAAAGUUCCAGCAGAUGCAUCAGAUGAAGACAAGAAAAAGCCAGCCAUGAGUAAAGUUGAGAAGGUGUGCUCCAUCCCCUUCCGAUCAUCCCUCUAUCCCAGCUACUUCCACAGCUUUGGCAUGACGGAGAAUUACAUCGUCUUCGUGGAGCAGGCCUUUAAGCUUGACAUCUUCAAGCUCGCCACGGCCUACUUCCGAGGGGUCAACUGGGGAAGCUGUCUCAAAUAUGACAAAGACGAUAUGACAUAUUUCAAUCUGAUCAACCGGAAGACUGGAAAGGCAGUGUCCACAAAGUUCUAUGGAGAUCCUUUUGUAGUGUUCCACCACAUAAAUGCCUUUGAGGAAGACGGCCAUGUUGUAUUUGAUCUGAUCACGUACAAAGACAGUAACCUGUACGACAUGUUCUACAUUGAAAACAUGAGACAAGACACAGAUAAGUUUGUCGAAAACAACAAAAUCUUCUCGCCGCCAGUCUGUCAGAGAUUUGUCUUGCCCAUUACUGUUGACAAGGACACUCCAGUGGGCACAAACCUUGUGACACUAAAGGACACAAGCGCCAAAGCAGUGAUAGAGAAGGAUGGCUCAGUCUUCUGUUCGCCUGACACACUCUUUGUGGGUUUAGAGUUGCCACAGAUUAAUUACAAAUUUAAUACCAAAAAGUACAGAUAUUUCUACGGUUCAAGGGUGGAGUGGUCUCCACAUCCAAAUAAGAUUGCCAAAGUGGACAUUGUCACCAGAACUCAUCAAGAGUGGAGGGACGAGGAGUGCUACCCAUCUGAGCCUGUUUUUGUGGCCUCACCCGACGCAGUGGAGGAGGAUGAUGGAGUCCUUCUGUCCUCGGUCGUGUCUCUAAAUCCAGCAAAAUCCCCCUUUAUGCUCGUCUUGAAUGCCAAGACAAUGGAGGAGAUUGCACGUGCAUCAGUGGAUGCCUCUAUUCACAUGGACCUACAUGGCUAUUUCAUUCCUCAAAAGGACAGUAAUUGAGCAGGUUUUGGUCUUGUGGUCUGAGGUCAGAGUUUAUGAAAGUGCACUAUGACUAUAAUUCACAUUAUCAGUCAAAUCUCAGCGAGACUGCCCCAGGGGGACAUGCAAGAUUGAACAAAAAAAGAUAUAACAAAUUACUUUGAAUAGAAUAUUUGUUAACAUAUAAUAAGUUAUUUAAUACAAUAAUUUGUAUUUUAACAUUAUUAACCUUCAAAGUCAGAACUGGUAGUAGCUACUUUGCUACUUCUGUAGUUAAUUUGCCCUGGCCUAUUGUAAACCAUACAAGUAAUUCAUAACGUGGAUGUAUAGCCCUUUAAUUUGUUUAUUUGUUAUCUAUUGUAUAUUUGUAUGAUAAUGAAGAAUGUGUGGAGGUCAUCUCAAAUAGAGGAAGUGAAUGCUUUUGAAUGCAGGCUGGGUUUUCAUUUUAGGUGUCAUUGGUUUUCAAAGCACAUUACAAACUGCUUUUAUGAAUCUCUGGUCUUAAUAAUCAUAGUAAAACAAGACCUCUCUGUAAAAGCUUAGAUGCCCAUGCAGUAAAUCUUAUAUAAAGCACUUAUUUAUAUUAAAUGGUCAAGAGAAAUCAUUUCAGCACCAUUUGUCUUGCACAGUCUAGUCAAAAUGGUGGAAAGUGGCCAGUAUUGUGGGAAAUAAUGUACAGUAUAUCAAUGUCUGAUAAAAAGCUGUAAGCAGUCUUGUGGUUAUUUAACCUUACUUACCCAACUAGCAUGUUAUGGGUUUGGUAUUAAAUUAUUUUAAUUAUUAAAGUGCACUAACUA